UAGACGUAGUUGCUGUGCAGUGGCAGAGACGCGAUAGCGUCACGUGAUGGACUUGCGGCUAGGGGGACUCACGUCACACUUGUAGAUGUGCAGGAGACUCCACGAGCUUUGGGUUAUUGUGGAAGACGUGCAGAGCCUGUGCGACAAACGGUCAUUGGUUCAUCUCUAGAAUGGCUCCUUAUAAAUACAAGAAUUUGGAAGAUUCAAUACAAAAAAUUUUGAAAGGGACUGUGACACUUAGUGAUGAAGAAAAGAAGAGAUACAAUAAAUAUCUGAAAGAGAUUUUUGAUGUGCUGGAAAAUGAAAUGAAGAAAGACCCAGCUUUUAAUGCACUUUUUCGACAGAAACAGUAUGUUGGAAGCUUUUAUGAAAAUAUGAAAAUUGAUAUGCCUGAUGAAUUUGAUAUUAAUUUUGAAUUGUGUCUUCCAUCAUACAUUGGCUUUGUGGAGGUUUGUAGCAGUGAACACCCUGGUUUCUGUCAGCUCCGACUGCUCGAAAACACGUCAUCAGUGCCUGACACACGAAAGGCAGAGGCCAAAAAGCAAGUGAAGAAAUGGACAGAUGCUGAAGGAUUUUUCUCAAGAUAUAAAGUGAAUCAGUGGAUGCAGAGUGUUGUUGACAAAGCAUUAAGAGCAUAUGAGCAAAAUUAUAACCAAAAGAUAUAUAAGUUCAACAGAUCAACUUCAGGACCUGCUGUCACUCUAACUGUAACACUUAUCAAACACCCUGAACUACGAUUAUCACUUGAUUUCGUUCCUGUUUUUGUAUUUGAAUACUGGCCAACUGUAGAAAAUUUGCGUGGAUGGACACCAGAAAUGAAAGUAGAGAAGUGGUAUGCAGUUCCCAAAUCCAUUAGCAAUGAUAAAGAUUUCCGAUUAUCUUUCUGGCACCAGGAGAAAUAUCUGCUUCUUGGUACAGAUCAAAUGAAGUCUGUACUAAAACUGAUUAAGAAACUUAGAGAUGAUCAACAGUGGAAAGGAUUUUCAAGCUAUUAUAUAAAGACAAUGUUUUUAUGGAAGACUGCUGCCAAUAGUAGAUAUUACUGGCGUAAAGGUUUGGGUGCUACUUUUAUUGAGAUGCUUAAUGAUUUCAAGGACUAUUUGCUGAAACAAAAUGCUCUUCCAUUUUUUUGGAUAGAGGAAAAUGAUCUGUUGUCACAAUUAAAUCCAUAUGAGAAACAAAACAUAGGAGGAUAUCUUCAUCAUAUGCUUCAAGAUAUUGAGAGGAACCUUGACAAACCAGGACAUCUAGAAAAUUAUUUCAAACUUCGCGAGAGGGUGCACCCCUUUGAAGAAGACUCCGAUGAUGAAAUAAUCUGGAAUGACUCUGAUGAGGAAGUCAACUGGAACCCGGCCAUAGCAUCUAGGGUUAUCAACCAGGAUUCUUCAUUACUUACUCGCCCACAGGAAGAUAAUUUUGGAACUGUUGCAGCAGUAGCUGUUGGAGCAGCAGCACUUUUUGCAGUAGGACUGUUUGCACAUAUAUUAGGGGAUAGUAGAAGAGCCCGAGAAUGAAUGGGGG